UCCCUCGCUCCCUUCGAACUCUUAUCGUACGAAAUGAGCACCCUCAUCGUGAAUCGUUAUCAGUGUGAAUUUCGAAACGUGAAGGUUAAGCUAAAUCUGUUUGAAAUGCUGCCUUGGCUGAUGCUACAUGCACCAUUUGUUUGGUCACCUUUCGCCCCGUACUAUUCGUUUAUGUCAUUCUGAUUACGAGACGUCGUUUAUCACGAUAUGCUGCUGCGCAUUCAUUCACUGCGCCUCGCCGGUCAAACGUCAUUCGCUCUUUCUCGGCCGUAAAGUAGAGUACAUUGAGCCGAUAAAUUGCUCGUGCAGUGUAGUAAGUUGCGAUUAUUGAAACCGGCAACAUGUUCUGCUCGUUAGCUGCCUGUCUCGGGGUUUACGUGGCUGCCGUAUGGUUGUACGAAAACUUCCGCACUCCGGUGCUGCUGGUGCUACAGACCCUCAGGCAGCUGGUGUUCCGACAGAAGCUCUCUCAACGAUAUGGCCAAUGGGCUGUCAUUACCGGUGCAUCGGACGGCAUUGGCAAGGGAUACGCACACUACCUCGCGGCGAAAGGUAUGGCGAUCGUGCUGGUAGCCCGCAAUGCAGCCAAGCUAAACAAGGUAGCCGACGAAAUAAAGGCCAAGCACGGUGUGGAGACCAAGGUUCUGGUGGCAGAUUUCUCCAAAGGCGCUGAGAUCUAUCCUCAGCUCGAGAAAGCACUCGUUCCGCUGGAUGUUGGCAUUUUGGUCAAUAAUGUUGGCGUCUCGCACGACACACCGAUGCACGUUGACGAGGUGCCCCAGCAGACGCUUUGGGACUUGAUCCACGUGAAUGUGGCCGCUGCAACGCUGCUCUGCAACAUCCUUGCGCCCUCCAUGAAACGGCGGCAGCGGGGUCUCAUCAUAAAUGUUGUGGAUGAUAGGCGACCCCUGUUCUCACCGCGACAGUCGUCCUGUCGAUGGUGGAGUCCCAGGGAGGAUGCCAGUGUGCGCACGCACACUCCGGCGCAUCCAUAAGCACCGCACGAUCAGAGUGUGUGGAACAGCCGAUAGAGCAGGAGCUCUCGGCAGGGCACGCGGCCCGUUUACUGUGGUUGUAUAGUGUUUAAUAUGUUUAUUCUGUAAAUAUAUAACGUUCUGUUUGUGCCGUGUAAUACUUCAAUACCGUCUUUAUGAUUCAUUUUGCUCGGACACAACAGUGGCGACGAGGAUGGGAUUCUGGGAUCCUCCUCGCGUAGGGGGGGAUCUCAGCAAGAAGAACCCACGGCCGCCAUCGCGAUUGGAAGCUGUGUUCUGCUGCAUCAUCCAAGGGAGACGCCAUCGCGAUCGCAAGUGCAAAAACAACGCCGUGGAAUUUCGGGCCGGUGCCGCCCCAACAACCGACGUUCCGACUGCCGUCCCAUCACGGGGACCGUUUCGGCAGCAGUUACACACACAUACUCUCCACGCAGGCUGUAGCUUCCAGUCCGGCGCGAUCACUUUCCGCCGCUACUGCAGCCCCGUGUAAGCGACGUCAAAGUCGCCCGCUGCAGCUUCCAGUCCGGCGCGAUCACAUUCGGCCGCUACUGGAACCUCGUGUAAGCGACGUCAAAGUCGCCCGUUGCAGCCUCCAGUCAGGCGCGAUCACAUUCGGCCGCUACUGGAACCUCGUGUAAGCGACGUCAAAGUCGCCCGUUGCAGCCUCCAGUCAGGCGCGAUCACAUUCCGCCGCUGCUGCAGCCCCACAUCAGCGUCGUCAAAGACGCCUACUGCAGCCUCGUAUUCAGCCUGCUGCAGUUUCCUAUCCAGCAGAAUCGAGUUCUGCCGCUUCUUCAGACCCGGGUACAGCGACAUCACGGUCGCCGACUGCAGCUCCCCCUCGGCACGGACGCAAAUAGUUCGCCGCUGCAGUUCUUCUAUCAGGGACAGAUGUAAUCUGCAUUCCGCUAACGCUGCAGCUUACAUUUAGACAGCUACUUUUCGCCAUCGCUGCAGAUCCCAUCAAGCGAAUCAUAUGCCGCCUAGAGUACCAGUUUCGUCAGGCGAUGUUACGCGCCACCACCUUCCACCGCACCGUAUCAUCGAUGGAAGCCGAUGGGACCAUCAAGCACCGUCGCCACCCACACAUCUCUGGACACCCCGCAACGCACGUAAAUUUGGCCGGAGGGUGUCGCCACGCCGAUAUUCCCCAAUGGAAUAUCCCGCGUUGGCAGGACCCCUCCGGAUAAAUUAAAAAGGGGAGAUGUUGUGGAUGAUAGGCGACCCCUGUUCUCACCGCGACAGUCGUCCUGUCGAUGGUGGAGUCCCAGGGAGGAUGCCAGUGUGCGCACGCACACUCCGGCGCAUCCAUAAGCACCGCACGAUCAGAGUGUGUGGAACAGCCGAUAGAGCAGGAGCUCUCGGCAGGGCACGCGGCCCGUUUACUGUGGUUGUAUAGUGUUUAAUAUGUUUAUUCUGUAAAUAUAUAACGUUCUGUUUGUGCCGUGUAAUACUUCAA